ACAAGAAGGAAGAAGAGGAUGUGAAGUACACAGUUGUUGAUUGUCUCCAGGAUAAAUUUGGCCCAGCAGUGCUGCACCUAAAACAGCAGUGUGUCAUCAGUAUAGCAGGAGAAGGAGUUAAUUUGUGUCGUCAUGGAAAACUCGCAUGGCUUGAGAUAGCAACAAAGAGCCGUAUUUUUCUAUUUGAUAUCUUCCUUCUGGGACCUCAGGCUUUCAAAAAUGGAUUACAAAUGGUGCUGGAAGAUAAAAACAUCUUGAAGGUCAUGCAUGACUGCCGCUGGAUCUCAGACUGCCUCUUUCACCAAUACGGUGUCCGUCUCUUCAAUGUCUUUGAUACGCAGGUUGCCGAUGCUUUGCACUUCUCAGUGGCAACAGGUGGCUUCUUCCCACACCGUGUCUGCACGUUAGACGAGUGUUUGAUACAGCACUUGAAGAUACCUUCCAAACGGGAUGCCAUCAUGAAGUGCAGGCAGCAGCUGGCUUUGGAGAAUCCUGACAUAUGGCUCUUGAGGCCCUUUCCAGCUUGUCUGCUUAAACCACUUGCUCUGAAGGCGAUGAACCUUCUGCUGCUCCACUCCUCUCUAAUGGAUAACUUGAUGUCUGACCUAACAGCCGUUGUACAUGAUUAUUUAAAUACUUACCAGACUGGGUCUGGAGAUCACCUUGAGAGCACAAAG